UAUUUAUUUUUGUUUCCGUCAAAAUUAAUUUGGGCCCAAUUUCACCCUCUUCUACAGUUCUACGCAACCAAGUCUUCUUCUUUGCUUGCAUCUCCCUCGUUGAUUCUUCUGCGCUUGUAUUGACGCAUUCCGUUCCGCGGGUUAACGUCUUUUUGGAACUGGUUUAAACCCCUAAAUUAUUCAACUUUCAGUGGCUCUGUCCUAGUUUGGUUUCUGGGUAUUUCUUUUGGCCCCCCAUCGCUGCUCUUUCCAUCCCUCUAGCCCACAUCUCUUUGUUUCCUGGUGUAGGUUCCAACAUUAAAAUAGUUUGCCAAAAAGGGAAAAAAAUUCUAAUAAUGAUAGAGCCAAAUGAGGAGCUUCCAGAGCCAUCUCUUGCUCAACAAUUUGGUUGCAAAAGGAAGAAGUCCUUGAAGAGGAAAGCCCAAAGAGCAUUCAAUAAGAAGGGUAACUCAGUUGAUGCGCAGGCAGAGGAUUCAGAAAAAAUUCGUAAUGAGAAGGGUAACUCAGUUGAUGCGCAGACAGAGGAUUCAGCAAGAAUUCAUAAUGAUAGAUGUGACCCUAGGGUUAGCACGUCAUUUUUUGAUUAUUCAGUGGAUAAUUUCUUCCAAGCCAUGGGCAUGAUUGAUGAGCUUUGUGGUGAAGAAGCGGAUUCUUAUUUGGAGCAGAGUGAGAUGCAGAGACUUUCUGCCUCUGUCACUUUCUUGAGAGAAUGGAGACAUUUUCACUAUGAACCUAGAAGCAUUAGGUUUGCUUGUGGAUUUGGAAGCCCUGAGGCAAAAGAUGCAAUCAACUGUAUAAACUUACCUCAAUUUUCAUCUGCUGCCAUUCCUGAGGAGGGGCUACACAGGGAUGUCAAAUCUCAUGAAUCAAGAGACUCUUUGUUGUAUGUUGGGGGUUCUGUGUGGGCAUUGGAUUGGUGUCCACAGAUUCAUUUGAAGCCUGAUAGUUCAGUAAAAUGUGAGUUUCUUGCUGUUGCUGCUCACCCACCUGGAGCUUCUUAUCACAAGGUGGGUAGCCCACUCACCGGUAGAGGUCUUGUACAAAUAUGGUGCGUUUUAAAUAGCAGCAAAAGCAACAAAGAAGUAUGUCCUCCGUCAAAGAAGACUAAAAGAGGACCUAAAAACAAGGGAGCCACAAAUGACAAUUCAACGCAAAUGAAGAGGCCAAGGGGAAGACCUAGAAAAAGUCCAAUUAAAGUAGCAGGGACUGAUAUGAAUUCUGAGACCCACUGUGCUCUAGCUCUUGUGCCGGAUGGUCUUUGGGAGAAUGUUCAAGAGGUAUGUCCUCCUGCUGAAAAGAGCAAACAAGAUCCUGCCAAGAGUGGAGUCACACACGACAAAUUAACACAAGUAAAGAAGUGUAGGGGAAGACCUAGAAAGAAAUCAAAUAAAGCGGCAGUGAGUGAUCUGAAUUACGAGAACCAAUGGGUGGAGGCUGUAGCUGUUCAAUUUCCUGAAAGUUCUGCUGAAUUUCGUUUUGUAGAUGGAGUUUCUAGCAAUUGUGAAGAACACAGUUUGCAACCCGACUCUGAUGCAAUGGACAAGUGUUCCAACAAAUCUGUAUCUGCAUGCCCCCCUAUGCUGGAAAAGCCCUUUAGAAGAAGUAGGUUGAGAUCUAAUUGUAGGGAAGGCAAGUUUAACCAUGAACAAAGUCCCCUGCUGUUGCCACAGCAUGAGGAUGAUGCAAACCGACCGACUUGUAGCUCUGAAACACAUCUCGGUGGAGCUACUUGUCCUAUUCCAGAAUAUGUUGCUUUGCCAAGAAUUGUGUUAUGCCUAGCACAUAAUGGGAAGGUAGCAUGGGAUGUGAAGUGGCGACCUUCUAAUGCUUCUGAUUCCAUUUGCAAGCACAGAAUGGGAUAUCUUGCUGUCUUGUUGGGCAAUGGAUCUCUUGAAGUGUGGGAGGUUCCUAGUCAUUGUGCAUUAAGAGCAAUUUAUAAGCAUGAAGAGGCCACGGAUCCACGGUUUAUAAAAUUGGAGCCUGUAUUUAAAUGUUCAAUGUUGAGGCGUGGUGGCUUACAAAGCAUCCCAUUGACUGUGGAAUGGUCUGUUUCACCACCGCAUGAUUAUUUGCUUGCUGGGUGCCACGAUGGAACGGUUGCCUUAUGGAAAUUCUCAAGAAGCACUUCACUGAAAUGUGACGAUACAAGGCCAUUGCUUUGUUUCGCUGGGGAUACAGUUCCUAUUAGAGCAGUUGCAUGGGCACCAUUUGAAGGUGAUCCAGAGAGUUCAAAUAUAAUAUUAACUGCUGGGCAUGAAGGCCUGAAGUUUUGGGAUCUACGUGAUCCGUUUUAUCCUUUGCGGAAGCUCCAUCCUGUUCCAAGGAUCAUCUAUAGUCUGGAUUGGCUGUCAAACCCGAGUUGCAUUAUCAUGACUUUUGAAGAUGGCACAAUGAGAACCCUUAGCCUGGCCAAGGCUGCAAAUGACCUACCCGUGAGUGGUAAAAGAUUAAGUGGGAAAAAGCAUCCUGGGUUGCAUAGCUCCACUCGUUCAUCCUUUGCUAUUUGGAGUGUUCAUGUAUCAAGAAUAACAGGUAUGGCUGCUUAUUGCAGUGCAGAUGGUUCUGCCGUCCGUUUUCAGCUUACUGCUAAAGAAGUGGAGUCAGAUCAUGCCCGCAAUCGAGUCCCCCACUUUCUUUGCGGGUCAUUCUCGGAGGAGGGAUCAACUCUCACUGUUAGCACUCCUGUUUCAAAUGCCCCUUUCCCAUUGAAGAAGUCUUUUGACAAGGGUCGGCAUGCUGCAUCAUCUUUCCGGGGAUUUUUAUACGAGUCAAAUGCAAAUGGAAGUGCGAAUAAUCAGAUGAUGACACAUUCUAAUCUCGAUUCUCAAGCUUUAGUACUUUAUGAUGGUGACAAUUCGGGUUUGGAAUUGGCUCUUGUGGAAGCACCGACUACUGCAGACAGACCCAAAAAACUAAAAUCAAGUGGUGGCAAUAAGAAAAAACCAGUAGAUAGCCAAGCUUUAGUGUGUGUAGAAGAUGAGAGUGGAGGUGGUCUAGGUGGUGACAACGAAAUGAGCGGAGGGAGUGUGGCUGAAGCCUUUCCUCCCAAAAUAGUAGCGGUGCAUAGAGUGAGAUGGAACAUGAACAAGGGCAGUGAGAGAUGGUUGUGCUAUGGAGGAGCAGGGGGAGUUGUUCGCUGUCAGGAGAUUGUUUUGUCUAAUAUUGAUAAGAAAUAUGCCGCUAAGAGAUGAGUAUUUAGGGCAUUUAUAUAAAUUAUGAUUAUAUCCUUCAUCAUCUGUAUAUAGCUCUUUACAUUCUGUGGUUAAUUUGGUGCAGUGCAUCUCCUGUCGUUAAUUGAGAAAUAAUUUCUGUUACUUAA